CUCACCGGACAAAAAUUCCGCUAUGGGGAGGAUCGGCGGCGGGGAACAUGGCGCAGUCACUGCGGAUUAACUUUCACUAAGGAAAACUUUGGAAAGCGGCCACAUAACAAGCACGCCUGGCCGGAUCUGGAGCCGACUCGCUGCGCACAGCCCCGGGUAACGGACGACAGACUCCUGGGCGGCUUGUUUUGGAUGGUGUCGGAGGUUUUUCCUCCCCUGCCUCACUUCUGCUGCUGCUGCUGCUGCUGCUGCGGGAUCAAAGUUUGGAGCAGCAGGCGGAGGAUUUAGCGGAGAUGGAAAAGCCCAAAGCGAGGAAAGAGAAGUUCUCUCUAUUUGGCUCUCGCUCCACCAGCAGAGUCACCAAUGCUCCAUCCUCUUCCUCUCGGUCUUCAUCUCCCCGGAUCCCCUCGGCCACAAUUGGCAAAAGGACAGAUCAAAUUUCCGGAGCCGGUCCAGCAGCCCUAAGCAAAGCAGAGUUCUUGGAACGUGUGCGUCACAGCAACCAGGCCUGCCAGCAGGGGGAGUUUGCAUUGGCUGUUCGCCUCUACACUGAGGCCCUCACCGCGGACCCACAAAACUGUAUCCUGUUCAGCAACCGAUCUGCAGCUUAUCUAAGGCUUGGACAGUACGGCAAGGCUCUGGACGACGCAAUCAAAGCUCGUCUCAUUAACCCCAAAUGGCCCAAGGCUUACUUUCGCCAAGGGGUUGCCCUGCAGUACCUCGGCCGUCAUGCCGACGCCCUGGCAGCGUUCGCCUCAGGCCUCGCUCAGGACCCCAAGAGCCUCCAGCUGCUUGUCGGCAUGGUGGAGGCUGCAAUGAAAUCACCACUCAGAGACACGCUUGAGCCCACCUACCAGCAGCUGCAGAAGAUGAAGCUGGACAAGAGCCCCUUCGUGGUGGUGUCCGUCAUCGGCCAGGAGCUGCUGACGCACGGUUACCACGGCGCCUCGGUGGUCGUGCUGGAGGCGGGACUGAAGAUCGGCACUUGCUCCUUAAAGCUCCGCGGAUCCGUCUUCUCCGCUCUGAGCUCGGCGUACUGGAAUCUUGGAGACGUAGAGAAAAGCAUGGCCUACAUGCAGCAGGACCUGGAGGUGACGAAGACUCUAGGCGACCAGUCUGGUGAAUGUCGGGCUCACGGGAACCUUGGCUCGGCGUUGUUCUCUAAAAGCAACUACAGAGAAGCACUGGCCCACCACAGGAACCAGCUAGUGCUGGCCAUGAAGCUCAAAGACAGAGAAGCCGCGUCAGGCGCCCUCAGCAGUCUGGGCCAUGUGUACACAGCCAUAGGGGACUACCCCAAUGCACUGGCCAGCCACAAACAGUGUGUCCUGCUGGCUCGGCAGACCCAGUGCCAGCUUUCCGAGGCGCGCCAAUUGGGCGACAUGGGUGCUGUUUACACGGCGCUGGGAGACUUCACCAAUGCUGUCCAGUGUCAUGAGCAACACCUGGAUAUCGCAAAGUCUUUGGAGAACCGGAGGGAGGAGGCACGGGCUUACAGCAACUUGGGCAGUGCCUACCACUCCCAGCGGGACUUUGACAAGGCCAUAUCGUACCAUACCAAGGUGCUGGAGUUGGCGCAGGAGCUAUCGGACAGAUCGAUCGAGAUGAGAGCAUACGCUGGUCUGGGUCACGCUGCCCGAUGCAUGCAGGACCUGGAGAGGGCCCGUCAGUACCACCAAAACCAGUUAGACAUCGCAGAGGAGCUGCAAGACAGAGCAGCACAGGGCCGAGCUUCCUCCAACCUGGGCAUCAUUCAUCACAUGAAGGGGGAGUAUGAAACUGCACUGAAGCUCCACAAAGCCCACCUGUCUUUAGCCCAGGAACUGGGCGACUAUGCAGCCCAGGGGAGGGCCUACGGUAACAUGGGCAAUGCAUACCAUGCACUUGGCAUCCACGACCAGGCAGUGCGCUACCACCGGCAGGAACUGCAGAUCUCUCUGGAGGUGAAUGAUCGGCAGUCACAGGCAUCCACUCAUGGCAAUUUGGCGGUGGCUUAUCAGGCAUUGGGAGCUCAUGACCGUGCUCUCCAGCACUACCGUCACCACCUGACCAUUGCACGGGAACUCAGAGAUACUCAAACGGAAGCAAGAGCCCUGGCAAACCUCGGUAACUUCCACAGCUGGAGAGGAGAGUAUGCUCAGGCUCUGCCCUACUUCCAGCAGUACCUGGCUCUGUCUCCAGGGCUGCAGGACCUGGAGGGUGAAGGGAAGGUCUGCCACAACCUGGCCUAUGCUCACUACUGCCUGGGGCAGUACAAAGAUGCUGUCAGGUAUUAUGAGCAGGACUUGGCCUUGGCUAAAGACCUCCAGGACAAGUUAGCACAGGCAAAAGCCUACUGCAACCUGGGUUUGGCCCACAAAGCUCUUGGAGAGUACAGCAGAGCAGAAGAGUGUCAGAAAUACCUCCUUUCUCUCGCACAAGCUCUGGAUAACACACAGGCGGUUUUCAGAGCCUACGGGAACCUCGGGGAUGUGUUUGUGUGUCGGGGGGAUCUCCCAGGAGCUGUGAAGUUCUACCAGCAGCAGCUAACGCUGGCUCAGAAAGCUGCCGAUCAAAAGAUGGAAGCUGACGCAUACGCAGCGCUCGGAUCAGUUCACAGGCUGCUCCGCCAGCUGGACGCGGCCCUGUCCUUCCACCGCCAGGAGCUGACUCUCCGAAAGGACCUGGCCAACCCUCAGGGGGAGUGCCGGGCCCUGGGCCACCUGGCAGCGGUCCACAUGGCUCAGGGGGACUACACCACAGCCUUCCAGUGCUACGAGGCCCAGCUGGGGCUGGCGCAGGGGCUCAGGGACGCCCGUCUGGAGGCGCAGGUCCACGGCAACAUGGGCAUCACCAAGAUGAACAUGGGGGUGUUUGAGGAAGCUAUCGGAUACUUCGAGCAGCAGCUGGCCAUGCUGCAGCAGCUGAGUGGAAGUGAGGGGAUGCUGGACAGAGCCAGGGCCUACGGGAACCUCGCAGACUGCUAUGAUGCUCUGGGAGACCAUGAGGAGGCGAUUCAGUACCUUGAGAAGUACCUGACAGUGGCCCAGAGUCUGAACCAAGUCCAGGACCAAGAGAAGGCCUACAGAGGCCUUGGAAACGCACACAGGUCCAUGGGCAGUCUCCAGCAGGCACUGGUGUGCUUCGAGAAGCGGCUGGUGGUAGCCCAUGAGCUUGGUGGUGAGGGAGGGGGUAAGGCUCAGGCUUAUGGGGAGCUGGGCACCUUACACAGCCAGCUGGGCAACUAUGAGCAGGCUCUCUCCUGUCUGGAGCACCAGCUGAGCAUUGCUCGCUCAGCAGGGGAUAAAUCCCUGGAGGCAGAGGCAAGCGACGCCCUCGGAGGCGUUUAUCAGCUGAUGGCAGACAACGAAACCGCUCUGCAGUGGCACCAGAGGGCGCUGAGCAUAGCCGAGCAGACGGGCUGCGUGAGGAGCCAGGGUCGAGCCUACGGCAACCUGGGGCUGACCUACGAGGCUCUGGGAAACUACGAGCGAGCGGUGGUCUUUCAGGAGCAGCACCUCAGCGUGGCGGCGCAGACCAAUGAUCUGACGGCCAAAACCCUGGCCUACGGGAGCCUGGGGAGGACACACCAUGCCCUGCAAAACUACGCCCAGGCUGUGAUGUACCUGCAGGAAGGUCUGCGGCUGGCUGAGCAGUUGGGCCGGAGAGAAGACGAAGCAAAGAUCCGGCAUCGCCUCGGCCUUUCUUUGUGGGCCGGUGGUAACCUGGACGAGGCACAGCACCAGUUGUACAGAGCUUCUGCAUUGUUUGAGACAAUCCGUCACGAGACACAACACAAUCUGGAUUACAAGCUCUCCCUGUUUGACCUGCAAACCAGCUCAUACCAGGCUCUCCAGAGAGUCCUUGUCAGCCUAGGCCGGCACGACGAGGCUUUGGCCAUAGCCGAGCGAGGCCGCACACGUGCGUUUGCCGAUCUCCUGGUGGAACGGCAGAGAGGAAGUAAGCAAGCAGCGAGCGCUGACCCUUACAUCCCGGUCACUGUGGAGCACAUCCUGGAGACGGUCAAUGGUCAAAAGGCACUGAUCCUCUACUAUUCGCUGGCUGGAGGCUUUCUCUACAGCUGGCUGAUAUCUCCAGGCACAGGUAUCGUGAAGUUUAACGAGGUGUACCUGGGUGAGGCGGGGCUGGACACUUCUGAUUUCCAGGAUGGUGGUGGGAGUCCAGUCGGAGGAGGUCCCAUGUCUUUGGAUCAGUACAUCUUCAACGCUAGAGAGGCACUGGGAGUGGACAGCCAUCACUGCAGAGUUUGCUCUAGCAGUGAGACGGAGAGUGAAGCUGGAGAUCUGCUGGAGCAACAGUUUGAAGAGGUGAACAACAGCCUCACCACGGCCACCGACCCAACAGGAUAUCUUCGCAUGGUGUCCAGAAAUAACCGCUUCAACAGAAGCUGCCGGAGCAUGACAAGCCUUUACAGCACCACGGUGUCUCCUGUGAAGGAUGGCUUAUCUUCCCCUCGUUGCCGACCCAGUAGCAUUGGCAAGCCUCCUCUACGAGCCCUUUAUGACUUACUCAUCGCACCGAUGGAAGGGGGCCUGAUGCACGGCAGCGGACCUGUUGGCAGGAACAGACAGCUUGUAGUCGUUCUGGAGGGGGAAUUGUACCUGAUCCCAUUUGCCUUGCUUAAAGGCAGCUCCUCUAAUGAGUACCUGUAUGAAAGGUUUAAUAUCAUCGCCGUACCCUCUCUGGCCAGCCUGCAAGCUGCAAGCAAGCCUCAGCCUCGCUCCAGCGGUCCUAUGCUCUGUCCAGAUGGAGGUUCGGUGGCCGCGGUAGUCGGGGCUCCUCACCUGCCUCCCAGUGUCAUGGACCGCUGGCUGUGGGGGCCCUUACCCUCGGCGCAAGACGAAGCUCUGUCUCUGGGGGAACAGCUGGGCUGUCAUCCCCUGACGGGAGCAAACGCCUCCAAGGAGCGUGUUCUAGCAGCACUGAACCAGGCAGAGUGUGUGCACUUUGCAACUCAUAUAUCCUGGAAGCUUGCUGCGCUCAUCCUCGCCCCCAGGCAGGAGCGCGCGAUAGGGGACGUGCCGAGCAGCCGGCCAAAGGAGAACGCUCUGUGCGGAACGUCGCCGUCGGGGGAAACUGUGGAUCAGGAGAGGAAGGUUGAGCGUUUGUUUCCCAAGAGUUACAGCAGCCCAGAGAGACUCAGGGGAGUGGAAGAAAGAAGCGAGGAUGGGGAGAGUGUUUGUGGAGGGGAGAGUGUGUGCGACACUACCCCACUUCAUGACUUCCUGCUCACCGCCGCCGAUAUCCUAGACCUGUGCCUCACAGUCAAGUUGGUGGUUCUGAGAUUGUACCCAGAGUCCAGCUGCAGGGUGACGGCUGACGGAGUGGCGGGCCUGACCCGAGCCUUCUUGGCUGCGGGCGUCCAGUGUGUGUGCGUCUCUCUGUGGCCGGUCCAGAUCGCCGCUUCCAAGCUCUUCAUGCACACGUUCUACACUGCUCUCCUGAACGGAACGAAAGCCAGCGUGGCUCUGACAGAGGCCAUGAGGAACCUGCAGAGCAGCAAGCACUUCUCGCACCCCUCCAACUGGGCUGGUUACAUGCUGAUAGGCAGUGACGUGAAGCUGAACAGUCCCAUGUCGCUUGUUGGGCAGGCCCUGGCAGAGAUCCUCCAGUAUCCAGAGAGAGCCAGGGACGCCCUCAGGGUGCUGCUACACUUGGUAGAAAAGUCCUUGCAGCGCAUUCAGAGCGGUCACUCCAACCCAAUGUACACAUCGCAGCAAAGUGUUGAGAACAAGGUCGGGGGAGUUCCCGGGUGGCAGGCCCUCCUGUCUGCUGUGGGCUUCCGGCUGGAAGUCUCCGGCUGCGGCGCCGGACUCCCUGCGGCGGUCUUCUUCCCGACGUCUGACCCUGGAGAUCGUCUGCAGCAGUGCAGCAGCACGCUGCAGUCUUUGCUCGGUCUGACCCCUCCAGCUCUGCAGGCUCUCUGUAAACUGGUCACAACAUCUGAAGCAGGAGAACAGCUCAUUCACAAGGCAGUUAAAAGCAUGGUGGGGAUGCUUCAUCAGGUGCUGGUGCAGCUGCAGUCAGGCGACAAAGAACAAGACUUCCCGCUGGCUCCUAUUCAAGUGUCGAUCAGUGUGCAGCUCUGGAGGCUCCCGGGCUGCCAUGAGUUCCUGGCGGCACUCGGUUUUGAUCUGUGUGAGGUCGGUCAGGAGGAAGUGGUGUUAAAGACCGGAAAACAAGCCAGCAGACGUAACAUGCAUUUCGCCCUUCAGGCUCUCCUUGCACUGUUUGAUUCCACGGAGCUUCCCAAGCGACUGAGCAUGGACAGUUCCUCCUCUUUGGAGUCCCUCUCCUCCUCCCAGUCAGCCUCCCAGCCUCUCUCUUUGCCCGUCUCUCUCAGCUGCUACCCGCCUCAGCCCUCCUUCGUACCCCCAGGCUGCUCAGACAGCCUCUCCUGCGACGCCAUCUCCGUCUACAGCCUCAGCUCCCUCGCCUCCUCUCUCAGCUUCCUGUCUCGCCCCGAACCAGCAGGAAGUGACGUCGUCAGCCACCGCUCGCAUCAACAGGAGCCAGAUAAGCAGGGCGGAGGAACGGGCCCGUACUCCUCGCAGCGCCACACAGGGGGGUUGUCGAGAGGCCGGCUGACCAAUCAUGGAGGAGCGCUGGCGGGAGGGGAGGACGAGGAGUAUGAGGGGUUCUCCAUUAUAAGCAGCGAGCCGCUGGGGCGAGCAGGGAGGGAAUGUGACACGUUGCCACUCCCUGCAGGACACCGGCAUGGCCGAGGUGGCUCUGGGAGAGGAUCCGUGGUGGGGCAAGCUCUGACGGUUUCCUCCAAGGGGAGCAUCAGCACGCCUACCUCCCCCCUUAAAGCCCCACCACUGGCAGAUCCUACAAGCCCAAAGGUCAUCCAAAAUCUCUCAUUGCCUAAACGGACAGUAAAAGGGAAGGCGAGCAGUUCUGAGUCGGACCAGUCGAGCACGGAAACAGACAGCACCGUCAAGUCCCAGGAGGAAAGGAUGGGCCCAGCAGGACAACUGGAUCCCCACGAACUGGCCCAGAAGAUCCUUGAGGAGACCCACAGCCACAUGCAAGCUGUGGAGACGCUACAGAAAGCAAACACCAGGGUGAAAUCUUUGAGAGGAGCCGAGGGCCGAGAGGACCCUCACACCAGGCAACCUUCUCUGUCCACACCCACGACCCCGACGUUUAAACCUGCCAGAGGAGCGUGUGGGUUCCAGCCGUCAGAGACGAGUGCAUUCAGCAGACCUCCCAGCAGAGCGAGUCUGAAAGCUUGCUCCUCCCCUUUCUCUGUCCAUAAGAAUCUUUCCCCCCUCUCCGCCUCUGAUUCAAGGCCUCCUCCAACGCCUCCUAAACCACCGUCCCGCUCCUCAUCGCUGCAGAAAAUCAACACAUUAGCUUCUUCCUCCCCUCCUUCGUCUCUCCCUGUGAAGGAGAAAAAGUCCCCCCCGCUCUUGGGCUCUGUGGACGAGUGCAGGCAGGCUCACCACCAACCCAAAUGCUCCGGCUCACCUUACAGCUGCCCCAUGUCCCCUUCCCGCUCCCCUGCCCACAGCGCCCCGUCCCCGGCCCUCUCCUAUUCCUCCAGAGGCUCCGUCUCAGCUUCGUCCAGCCCGGCAAAUGCUCCUGAGUUCAGCCAGCCAAAGCAGGACAACAAAGUGCAGGCGAUGCACAACCUGAAAACCUUCUGGGCCAGCGUGGGCCAGAAACAGGAGGCGCCCAGCCCGGCCGCUUUGCUUCGGGGUGGGAGCAAGAAAAUGAGUACAGUUCAGAAAGAUGUGCUGGGUUUGCUGAACCUCUCGCCCAGACGAGGGUCUGGCAGGAAACACGCGGAUAGGCAGGAGGGCCACGACAGACCUAACGGGCACCGUAAACUGGAGCCGAGACCGCCCCCUGCUCCGUCAGCCAGUCUUCCAACAAACAGUAAAGGAGGCGUCAAGCCUCCCUCUGGGAACGGAUACAAGUUUCUCUCACCUGGACAAUUCUUUCCAUCUUCUAAAUGUUAAAGGUGUGGAUACUUGCCCCCAUGAAUUUUAGAGCAGCAGACUGAUCCGAGGCUUUCUGCGUACAGUGACAGCAGCUGUCCUCUUUUUCACUUAGAGACAAUUUUAUCAAUCCCUGCUGACGAUAAGACCUAAAAAGGACCUUUUCACAAUGAUCUGAUUUUACGUGUGUGUGUGCGUGUGUGUGUGUGUGUGUGUGUGUGUGUGCGUGUGUGUGUGUGUGUGUGUGUGUGGGAUGUACAGUGCCUUGCAAACGUAUUAAUUUCCCUUGAAAUGAAUACUUUCACAUUUUGUCAUGUUACAACCUCAAAGCGUUCUUCAUGACGGUGUUUUCCAAUAGAACAAGUAGUGCAUAAAUUUGAGAUGGAGAAAACAAAUGUUACGUCAUUUUGAAAACUUUUCGCCAGUUCAAAACUAAAAAGGGUGACCCCUUUUCAGUCCCUUGAGUCCACUCUUUUCAGGACCAAGUCUUUUAGGGGUUACACUCAAAAAAGUGAACCAGGGCAGUUGUUCACUCCAUGUUAACAGUUUUUUUUUUCAAUUAACACAUAAAAAAGAGACAUUGGUUGGGUUAAGUUUAUUUUUAGUAAACAUUAGAAAAUUGUUUGUAACCCAACAAAAGAGUUUUUUUUUAUGUGUGAACUGCAAAUUAAAUGUUAACAUAAAGUGGACAAUUGCCCUGGUUCACUUUUUUGAGUGUACGUUUCUACAUGUUUUUCACAUAUAGGAAUUGAAAUGUUCACGCUCUAAGGUGGAUUUUGGUUCUGGACUUUGACUAGGCCAUCGUAAUGCAUUACUAGUCUUUGCUUCAAACCAUUCCACUGCAGCUCUGGCUGCAUGUUUUAGGCUGUUGUCUAGUGGGGAGGUAGACUUCUGCCAGAGUCUCAAAGUUUUUAAGCCUUACAGGUUUUCUUACAGGGAUCUGCUUUUUUACAGGACAGACGGGAGGAAAGACACAUCUACCAGAAUAUAUGAGCAAAGGAAUUAAAUAAUAAGACAUGAAAUGAAACUAUUGACACUAAUGGCUUAAGUUUAUUUAAACUUGCAAAAAUGAUUGCUUUACACUAUUGGUUGAUUCACGUUUCCCUUGGUUGCUGUCCUCUUUCACAGGCUUCCUGUGCCCUCUACAUGACUGUGCCAAACUAACAAAGGGGUAUGGGGUAUUUUUAACCAGAUCCUGCAUUACUUUAUGACGCUACUUUAAUUUGGUCUAUCAUAUAAAAUCCUACUAAAAUACAGCGAAGUCUGUAGCUGUAAUACAGUAAAAUACGAAACCUUUCAAGUGAUAUGACUACGUUUGCAAAGCAUUUUAAAUGGUUGGAAUGUGGUGACUGUGCCUUCUCAAACAGAAAAGAGGUCGAGUGUUUGGCUUCAACUGUUUGCACGUCUGACUAGAGCGCAUGUGUGUUGGUGUACACUGAAAUCUUCUGACUUUGACUGGAGGAAUAUUUUCAGUCAUCGUUUUUUCUGUUCAAAACGCUCGCUAUUUGUGUAAGUCCACCUGAGGAUGAGGUUAAGUUAAUAUGUAAUUAUUAUUAUUAUUAUUAUUUUAAAUGUUAGGGUUAUCUUUUUCAUAUAUUUAGCCGUUUUCCACUCUGUGUUACACAUUUUAUAAAGACAAAACGUGACAGACACCAAGAAACACUGAUAUUUUUAUGGAAACUCGUUUUCAUGUGCAACUGUCAAAACUUGUUGAGUUUUAAUAAAAUUUAUAGUAAUGUUCAACACCG